GCAGGAGUCGGGCAGAAGUUUGGCGGAAGUUGCUCGGGCAGCGCGGAAUCCGCCGCCGUAGCGCCAUGAGCGGCUCCGGCCCUGCGUCCCCCGGGCGGAGCGGGGCGUCCCCGCUGCCCAGCGAGAAGAAACGGGAGUCGCUGGCGGCCGGGUCCCCGAUUCAGCCCAUCGUAAAGGAUGUUGGGGAAAUCUAUUCAAGACUACUGGAUCACAGACCAGUAAUUCAGGGAGAAAUACGUUACUUUGUGAAAGAAUUUGAAGAAAAACGUGGCCUUCGAGAACUACGAGUACUUGAAAAUCUAAAGAACACAAUCUUUGAAACAAAUGAACACGUUCUUCCUAAGUGUGAGCAAGCAAUGCAUGACAAUUUGAAUGAAGCAUUCAAGAGAUUGCAAGCUGCCAACAAUAUGAUCCGUAGACUCCAAGAGAAGGAGCAUGAAGAGAGGAAGCUUCAGAUGGACAAGCUGAUGGCUCGUGAAGAGAAGCGCAUGGCCCACUGGGAGGAAUUCAUGAAAGAACAACAAAACAAACAAGCAGAGGUGGAUGAAGAGCACAGAAAAGCUAUGGAGCGCCUCAAAGAGCAGUAUUCUGAGAUGGAGAAGGAACUGGCAAAAUAUGUUUCUUUUUAAGACCUUCCUUUUUUUACCAAUGUUGGGUUUGUGCCAAUACUCCGUUGUUUCUGACUGAAACUGAGAUUCUUCUGGAAAGCCGAAACAAAUAAGAAAGAAGAAUUUCCUCUGCUGGUUUUGUAUGGGAAGAACAAGUUUGCAUACUUUCUACUUAAGUGCCUAACUAUGCUUGUUUUGUUCAGGGCAGGUGGAAUGCUAGUAUUUCUUCAUUUGUUGGAAGGUGGAACUGGAAAUUACAUUGUGUGUCUACAUCAGCUCAGGGAGUUGCAAACUGGACUCCUCUCCCAUCUGCAGAGACUGUUGUAGCAUUUUGGAAAACAGACUAAUGUUAACGUUAACUAUCCCAAUGUGCAGGCACAGCCCUUUCCCAAAAAGUAGGUGUAAUAGCUUCCAGCCAUAGAGAGCUGAGAAUUCACUUGGAGUACUGUAACUUCUUUCAUAGAUUUCAGGAAAACCAACUUGUUUUACAGAACACUUUACUUCGAAGCUUCAGCAAUGAAAGGUCUCAACAGAGUUUUAAAUCCAGUUGUAAUUCCAAAUUUUCGGUUGUAUGUUCAGAAUUACGAAAUAGAGUUGAAAUUUAAAUGGGUUUUCCUAACAAAAUGGCAACAGGAGCUUGGAAAAUAAUUCAUUUUCUCUCUGUAAAUGUCUCAGAUCUGUCUUAUUAAGCUUUGCUGUUCUAAGCAAAGCCAAAACAAGCUCAAAAGUAAUCAUGAGAAGCAUAUCAGUCUUUGUAUUAGCUUUGUAGCUAGUACAGUAUUUACCUUAAAUAUUUGACAUGCUGUUGGUUUACUUAGGAUAAGCUUGUUGGAACUUUACAAAGCAGUUGGGGAAAGAUUUUUGUUCCUUUAUCAGCAUAACAAAUGGGCAGAUUAGUGGUAAAACGCCUGUAGUACUGAUAUGCUUUCUUACUAACUGUAACUCUUAGGGUUUAUGUGAAGCUCCUGUAUGGCUUUGUUUUAUUUAAAACUUGGCAGUUAACAGCAGUGUAACUGGAGAAGUUCACUUAAUCAGUUCAUUAACUAAGCAAAAUGAGACACAGUACCUUAAUGAAAUUUACUGCAAGCUAACCAGUACUCCAGGAAAUAUCUUUCCAUAAUUUAACUGGGCUCCGGUAUAGAAUGGAAACAGGUAAAAAUAAACAGAAUUUACCCUUUACCUGCAGUAAUAUGCCAACAAUGGUUGCUUGUGUAAGUUUAUGGCUUGGUGUCAAGGCUCCAUUCCUGGCAGCAUGUUGAUAGUGUGAUUAAGGUUAGUAGAGGAGAUGGAAUAAGUAUUUGAGAUUUCUUUCAAUAACACUGAAUUCCUGCCAAGCUGCUCUGCCUGCUACUGUAGGCCCAACAGCUUCAUCAAUCAUCAUCAUCAUGUAUCUGGGCUGAAAAGAGGACUUGCCGACACUGGGGCAUGCUGGAAUGUUGUUAAUUCUCUGUUGUGGAUGGAAAAAAUGUAGAUGUCUCAAAAGUAUCCUGCACAUGAAAAAUAGGAAAGCCUCUUUUAGAACAACCACUAUUUGAAUGGAGGGUGACCUCUGUAACGUUUUUCAGCUUAGGUACCCGUGAUGCAUGUGGUAACUAAGCUGAGACUUUCAUCUAAAAAGGAAAAGUUAGUUCUUGCCUGUCUUUAGAAUUGGGUGUGGAAUACUUUCGGUUGUUUCGAGCGCAGACUGAAAAUAGUUUCUCUCUUACCAGAUUAUUUCAUGUAUAUGUGCUAAAAGCCCAAAUACCUUUAUUAAAAAAUGCAUUUAACUGCAUACUGAAUUCAUUUUUAAUUUUGCACUGAUAAUUUUUGUUAAGAUUUAUUUAUCUACUAGCUGUGCACUGAAGCUGUAGAUUUAAGUAUUCAAUCAAUUUGAAGGCUCUCAAGCAAAGAUGCAAGUGUUACCGGUUGGAUAUUCACUGGCAAAUAAAGCAGUAUUUCCAAAAUCUUCUAGGAUGUGUGUUCCUGAUUCUUUUAAAAGCUACUAAAUACUAACACUGAAAAUGAGAAUGAUACAGUUAUUUUUAUGCUGAAGAUCAUUUGACAACCCUUUUCUUCAUAGUCUGUGUCUGCCUCUUGGCCCACUCUUAUUCGUAGUGGAGACUACCUGUAAACUAUCUGUUGAUUAAUUAUUUUAUUCAGUAACUUUCACUUUUUUAUAUGAAGUGCAGUAGACUUUGCAGUGCUUGCAAAUGCUUGAUUGUCAUUAGAGCAACUUACUGACAUUUACAGGAAAACCUAUUUUUUUCUGUCCAAAUGCUUAACAAGAAGAUAUCUGUAGAAAAGAGAUUCCUGUCUUCAGUGUUAUUUCAGAAAGUUGGGACUAUGAUCUAUCUGGACACAAUAGUGCUCCACAGUGAUGAUUUCUUAUUAAGUCAAAUUCUUGUUAUUCAAUAGUCCCUACCACUUAGGAGAAAUAGAAAAACAAAUAGUUUAAAAGUUGGGUUUGUGUCAUUGGUGCAUGAGGAAGUGUUUCACCUUUAUACUUGUUAUAUUUACAUGACUGAAUUUCAUAGUUUUAAAAAUCUUGAGAAUUUAUUUAAUCCCUGUUAAACUUGAUAGAAGUUUGCAUUGGAUUCCAGUAGGAGCUUGGGUCCUUGAUGCUGAAGUUAACUUCUAGCAUGGCAGGCGAGUUAUGCAAUCCAUCUUUGUACCAGACAAUUAAGCAAAAGGUUAUAUGAAUGAUUAGCACUGUUUAUUACACUGGAAUGUAGGUUUCUGUUCUUCUUUGAAACUGAAUGUGGGUUUGGAUGUCAUGUAAUCACUGGAAUAUUUUCUUAGUAUUUCUGUUCUAAUGAAUACAUAGCAAGAAACUGGUAUCUUACAGCUAUAUGAAAUCUGCUGUUGCUGUAUUUAGGAGU